AUGGUAUCCUUGACCAAAACAAGGCCCGGCACCCCCGACCUACUUAGGAACGGCUUUACGUACGUGGACUUGCCGAACGUCGAGAUGAUGUCCGAGCGCGAGAUCCUCCCCGUCCCCGCGGGCCUUAUGGUGACGCGUCCACGUCCGACGCCUGAUCGCGGCAUGGGGUCGUACACGAACCCGCACCCGAACGUGGGGACCCCCUCGGUCCUGAGCAUGUUGAUCACCUUGAUGUGGUACGAGAUGCUGAACGAGAACACGGCCGGGAUGCUCAUCAUGGCUAUGGUCCUCGUGGGCAUGGUUCGUCCGAUGAAUAGCUCGGACUUGCACUUCGCCCAGAGCACGGUCGUGGCCCUCUUAGAGAUCGAGAUCACUUGGUCGUCGAACUUCCUCCGGAAGUCGUAG